AACAAAUCACGGCUCAAAGAACCCAAGUGAUCACCAAAAACGAAGCCGGUCACUCUAAUUCCCGCUUGGCUGUCAAAUCGCGGCUUAAGGAACCGAACUGAUCAACAAAAACUAAGCCGGCAACUGAAAUAACCAUAGAAUAAUGGCGGAACACGACAAAUCAGGCCGAGGCCCCAACUCGGAUACCUUCCUGCCCCUUAGCCGGGUGCGGACGAUCAUGAAGAGUUCGGACACGGGACUGAUCACCAACGAGGUGCUCUUCCUCAUGACCAAGUGCACAGAGAUGUUUGUCCAGCAUUUGGCCAGCGAGGCGUACAUGGAGUCGUUCCCGGCCUCGCAACAGCCCUCCACCGAGACCCUCAAGUACGAUCAUCUCUCCCAGCUGGUCAACAAGAGAAAGAACCUGGAGUUUCUCCUGCAGAUCGUACCGGAGAAGAUCCGGGUGCAUGAGUUCCAGGAGAUGUUGAGACUCAAUCGGUCUGGCGGUUCGGACGAGGAGGAGGACGAUGAUUCCGGUUCAGGUACCGAGUCGGACGAGUGAUGGAUGGCCAUGGAUUCGGACUCGGAUUCCCCUAGUGAUCCUCCUCCUCCUCCUCCUGCUCUGCCACCGCUUCCACCAUCGACUGAUUUACCAUCAUCCCCCGCACCGCCGCUAUCUUAGGAGAUAUAACCGUAGGUCUAUAUAGGCUAGCCGAUAAGUAACUGCUUGAACGUCCUCCAGACGACUCCCAGCGACUGCUCCCCAGCGAUAAGCUAGAAGAUUGGCCAUAAAUUGAAGAGCAAAGAACGGUUAUCUCUGGCCGCCACUUGUUGACCAGUUCGACUACCAAUCGAAUUAUGUAUUUUAAACCGGCUAUUAUAUUGUAAACUAAAUUCCCCUCCCUAAACCCUUCUCCCGUAAUUAUUCAUCUAAUUAUUAAGCGUAAUUGUAUACAUUUUUAACUAAGUAUAUCCCAAAGUAUGUAUGUCUUAUAGAUACAUUAAUUAUUUUUUUUAAAUAAAGGAAUUAUAUAUGAAGAGA